UUCAGCUGCAACACAGAACUUGUUGUAGCCUGCACCAGCAGUUCUUUGUUCAAGGCAGCUAGACAGCCAGCAGCGUUCCGCAUUUAUUAUCGAAAAGGCGAUUCCUAAAUGGAAUGAUAGAUGGUCGUUAACCAAUAUGCUUCUAAAGGAUUUCUAAUGUCUCUCUCAAUUGCCGAUUUCUCCGUUUUUGUGAUCAGAUUCGAGCAAACGUGAAAGAAGUGGCUUUACAUGUAGUAUACAAGUGGAACAGGCAGUACGUCACGCGGGUGUUAAAGAUAAAACAUGGUUAGAUUCACUAGCAAAGUGUGGUCUAAGUUGGAGGCAGCCAGCAGUCAUCUGCCUAUCGCGCUGAACGCUGUGUUGGUGUUCUCCAUCACUGCGGAGGUCAGCUAUCUCGUGCUGGUUGAAGCUCCCCUUGAGCCAGCUCAAAAGAAGACCGAGUGGUCCACCAUUUGGAAAGCCAUGCAUCUCUUCGCUCAGUACUUCAUGUUGGGCAAUAUAACCUGGAAUGCUUCAUUGUUUGUGAAAACUAACCCAAGUAUACGCGGAGUGUUUCUUGGCGGGGAUGUUUUGGGUCAAGGGUGGAGGUACUGUUACACCUGCGAGACACACACUCCCCCACGAUGCUCACACUGCUAUGAUUGCAAUGUGUGUGUUCUGCGACGCGAUCACCACUGUGUGUUUUUUGGCCAGUGUGUCGGUUUCUGCAAUUACCGGUAUUUCCUGAGCUGUCUGUUCUUCAUGUGGGCGGGGCUGCUUUAUGCAGUAGUGAUGAAUGCUGAAGUCUUCAUUGUCAUCCUGAAGGAAGGUGUCACAUUUCACAGUGUCAUGCUAUUGCUUGUGCCCUGGCUGAUGCUUGUCUCUGGACAAGUGACGACACGAGCAUUCGCUUUUGCAUUCAUUGCUGACACUUGUGUUGUGGGCUUUCUUCUGGUUGCUGCCUUCCUGUUCUUUCAUGUGAUUCUGAUGCUGAGGGGCCAGACCACACGUGAGUGGUACUCCACCCGCCAGCCUUACAGCCUGGGAGUUGUGGCCAACAUUAGAGAAUGCCUGGGCAGAAAUUGGUACAUUUGCUGGCUCUGUCCACUGAUUCCAUCCCCCCUGCCUGGAGACGGUAUAAACUUUAAAGUGACUGGCUUACUGGAGCCCAAGAAGUAAAGGGUGUGUGCACUGAUAGAUGUAUUGUCAUUGUUAUUUGAAUUUAUUGGCCCAGCUUAUGCAGAAUGGCAUGUUGUUGAGCCUGAAGCAGUAGUAGCAUGCUGCGCUGCCACCUAACAAUUACCAGCUCUUACCAGCUGUCUUUUUAUCAGAAGAACCAGCAAGAUAUUUACUUUACUUUGUAGUUUCACUUCACAAAAGUUUUUCCUUAUUACAACAGUUUUUAUUUGAUUUUAAUAGGUGUUUGUUUUGGUGGAUCUAAGAUUUGUUUGUUUAUUUGUUUAAUAAAAGAAAAGAAUCUGUUUGUUUGGAAAAGGAACUUUUUUUUUUUUUUUUCAAAAUGAAUUGUUUUGCACUCCUGAUUCUCUUUCUAUUUUAACAGUCAAUGACGUGCCAAAUAUUAUGCUCAAAUGUGAAUGUACUAUAUGCCAAGGUGUCAAUUAAUUAAUUUUUUCAGAGUUAU